AAAUUGAGAAACAUUGAUCAUAUCCCGACGUAAAUUCCCGUAAUUCCGGACGUGUCCUCGCCAAAUGCGCCGUGUCAGCAUUAAAAAAACAAUGCGUUGUCGGGUCCGCGACGAAACCGGCGUCGUUAAUAGUGUAUAGGUUGUAAUUAUCACCUAUAUAUCGUAAACUAUCCGAGUUUUGGAGGGGCUAGCCAUAUGUCGAUUGGUCCGCAUCUCAGGUAUACCGGAGCAGGUGAGACAAACAUCAACCAGAGACUGGCAUCACUAACCAACUCUCGUGCCACUCUUGUGAUCCCACGAGAAGCUCGCGAACUGACCCCGCGAUCACCGCCAAAAAAGACAUAUAUAUAUAUACACAAACAAAAAUAAUAACACGAAAGUUACGUUACAAAUUUUCGCGGUACCUACAACAAGUAACAUUUUGGACGGUGCGUUACAUACCGUUUCCUGUGUGUGUGAUUUGUUAUGGUUUCUUCCGGGAUUGAUGGUGAUUGAUCAGUGAUGUUCUGUGAUCGGAUUGGUCAGAUGUGCGCCCCUGAAUUAUUGCAGUAUGCGGCGCAUUUUUAAGUGGCACCGGAAGAAAAGUCCUGGACUGAUCGUGCCGCUGUUCCUGCUCCUGAUACAAUUCAGGGUAAUUUUUUGCGUGGUGAACCUGGGAGCAGAGGUCUUCUGCAGCCGAUUGCCAGGUUUGACUGCAAAACAAAGAGACAUGUGCAAGACAUCACCCGAUGCGAUGGUGGCCGUCGGUGACGGCAUCAGAUUGGCAACGGAAGAAUGCCGAUACCAAUUUCGGCAUCACCGGUGGAACUGUACGAACAUCGAGAACCCUCAGUCGUUCGGAUACGUCGUCAUCGUAGGUUCCAGAGAAGCAGCCUUCACUUACGCAAUAUCCAGCGCGGGAGUGGCGUAUGCAGUGACUGCAGCUUGUGCAAGGGGUAACAUUUCGGCAUGUGGCUGCGCUUCUGGACCCAAACAUAGAGAACCGAAUCCACCCGGAUGGAAAUGGGGUGGAUGCAGUGUAGAUAUCAACUACGGGGUGAGAUUUGCCAGGAAAUUCUUGGAUGCCAGGGAGUUUGAAGGCGACGAAAGGAGCUUGAUGAAUUUACACAAUAACAAAGCGGGGAGAAAGGCUGUGAAAUUAAAUCUAUUUACAGAAUGUAAAUGCCACGGUGUGUCGGGUAGCUGUACCAUGAAAACCUGUUGGAAAACCCUUCCUACAUUUAGACAAGUGGGCGAUAGCCUGAUGAAGAAGUAUUAUAGGGCCAGACCUGUGGCCGCCACGCCCGCCCAACCUGGACCCAGAGGACUGGACAUGCCCAAGCGGUCGAAGCGCAUUCAUUUAGUGUUGAAAAAGGGCCGCGUGCCCGUUAAGAAGUUACCAAAGAAAUCGGAGCUGGUGUUUCUGCAAAUGUCUCCCAACUACUGCGAGAGGGACAUCGCUUCUGGGUCCUUGGGUACUGUCGGCAGAGCGUGCAACAGAACAUCCAAAGGUAUUGACGGUUGUGAUUUGAUGUGCUGCGGCAGAGGCUAUAACACUCACCAGUACACAAAAACCUGGCAGUGCCGAUGCGAGUUUCACUGGUGUUGUGAAGUUACGUGUGACACGUGCAGUGAAAGAACUGAAGAGUACACAUGCAAAUAGAACUAUACAUUAUAUGGCGGAGUCUUAAAUGUAUCGAAUAAACUUGUGAUUGUUGAUCCACUUGCAAAUGGAUGCUAUUGAGAACCUCUCGUCUUAGAUGAGUUAAUAAACAAUGUACUUAAAAAAUAGUCACAAUUAGAUGAAAAAUAAUUUAUUUAGUUUUAUCCAAUUUACUCUUUACAAAAGAUAUUAAAUUAUUUUUAUCCUAAAGUUCUUUAGUAAUGUAAAACCUUUUAGACUCAUCUGAUGGAUUCGUGUAUGUGUGUAUGUUUUGUACAAAUUUUAGAUAGUGCUUACAUGUUUUGACAAUAUGAAAUAGGCUACUUAACAUUUAAUUAUUUGAAAUUCUUAAAAUGUAGUAUAAGUUAUUUAUUGCAUCUACUUUUAUACACUCGAGCGAUGUAAUCUUUGUAUAUUGGCAAAUAAAACAUUUCUACUUCUU